AUGACAUCAGCAACCAUUCCUCAUGAUCCUAACGAAAUUUACAGACAAACACAAUCACGCAUAUACAGCUUACAAGAAACAAUUUUAGACUCCACAAAAGAUGUCAGAGGAAACCAUGAUUCAACAGGAAAAGCCGCGAAUAUGCUCGAUGACCAUUUGAAAUUCGAUGCUUUAAUGGCUGAAAAGACUCUAAAGAAGACAAAUGAAUAUUAUACAAAUUCAAUAAUUCCACUUUUAAAAUUAAAUGAAGAAAUAUAUAAAAAUAAAGUACUAUCAAAUAUUGGGACUUUGCAAUAUCAUCCAACAAAAACAGGAAAAUUCUCUCGAUCAAGACAUAAUACUGAUGAGAAGCUAUUAUUAGAACCUCCCUCUUUAUUGUAUUAUAAUCAAGUUUAUGAACGGAAUAUGCCACCACCUUUCCUUCCAGCAUUAGGUCUAAAUCAUAUACAUUCGUUACUUACAGUACAUGUAUUGUAUGAACAACUAUAUGACCUUUUUAAUGAAUCUACUUCACCUCGAGUAAAUAAUAAUGAAAUUUGGGGGAGCGAUAUAUAUACAGAUGAUUCAGAUCCACUUCUAGCAUUGAAACAUUGUGGAUUUUCUAUUCCUAACAAUAAAAAUAAAGAUAGGAGUUAUAAACAUCCAAGUUCAGGUUCAAAUAACGAAUUUAGAAGAACUCCAGCCAAUUUAGAGAAUCCAGAUAAUGUUAAAGGUGAAAGUUAUAUUUCAACAAGUAAGAAAUUCGAUUUAGAUAUAACGAUACUAUAUUUGCAACCUUUACGCUAUUAUCCACCGAUGUAUAGAAACGGUAUAUGGUCCAGAAGUUGGGGGGAAAUGUCACAAUUUGCUCUUGAAAUGGAUGAUGAAUAUUGUGCUCCUCAUGAUGGGCUAUCUUUUGGUAUCUAUGAACUCGUUAUUAAACCAAGAGACGGAUGA